GGGUCAAAGCCUCCAGUACCUAGAAAGGACAAAAACAAACAGCAUGUUUAGAAGUCUGGCAGAAAAGCAAACCUGCUCUGGAUUGGUUGUGCAGUACGGAGUCUGCACAGAAAUGUUGAUCUCAUGCGCUGUCCGGUUAAAAGGAGUUUUAUUGCUGAGAUGACAAUCUUUGUUAGACAGCUGGGUAGAAGGGUUACUGCUCGUGAGCACGGCUCUACAAAGAAGCUGGCUGCCCAGUCUUGCGCUCUCUCUCUUGUCCGUCAGCUGUACCAUUUGGGGGUUAUAGAAGCUUACACAGGACAAACUAAGAAAAAAGAAGGAGAAAGCGUAGAUGUUUAUCCAGUUAAUGUCAAUGAUGAUGUCCAACACCAGCUGUACAGUGUUGUGCAGGAACUUGGCAUCCACAUCCCUCCUCCUCCUCAAGACCCCAACAGUCCAGUGUCUCUGGUGCAAGGGAAAUUGGCUCAUUUUGAACCCUCUCAAAGGCAGAGCAUGGCAGGUGUGGUGCCGUGGUCUCCACCACAGGUCAACUGGAACCCUUGGACCAGCUCCAACAUUGACGAAGGACCACUAGCAUUUUGCACCCCAGAACAGAUCAGCAAUGACCUUCUGAAUGAGCUCAACUAUCAGCUUGAACAGGACCAAAAUCUGCAGACGAUUCUAACGGAACGAAGUCAGCUACCAGUCAAGAACUUUCAGGAGCAAAUCAUGUCCACCAUUUACAAUAAUCCAGUGGUCAUCAUCCGUGGAGCUACCGGCUGUGGAAAGACCACUCAGGUUCCUCAGUACAUCCUGGACGAGUUCAUUAAGGGAGGCAGAGCUUCCGAUUGCAAUAUCGUUGUUACUCAGCCAAGACGUAUCAGUGCUGUUUCAGUGGCAGAACGCGUGUCUUUCGAGAGAGGUGAAGAUGUGGGCAAAAGCUGUGGCUACAGUGUGCGCUUUGAGUCUUUCCUGCCCAGACCUCAUGCCAGCAUCCUCUUCUGCACAGUUGGGGUGUUACUGAGGAAGCUAGAGUCUGGUAUCCGUGGGAUUAGUCACGUGAUCGUGGAUGAAAUCCAUGAGAGGGACAUAAAUACUGAUUUCCUGUUGGUGGUGUUGAGAGACGUGGUCCAGGCUUACCCUGAUGUGCGUGUCAUCCUCAUGUCUGCCACCAUUGACACCACCAUGUUUAAGGAAUACUUCUUCAACUGUCCUGUCAUCGAGGUACAUGGACGUGCACAUCCUGUGCAAGAGUAUUUUCUAGAAGACUGCAUUCAGAUGACUCAGUUUGUACCACCACCAAUGGACCGGAAGAGAAAAGAUAAAGAUGACGAGGGUGGAGAUGAGGAUGUGAACUGUAAUGUCAUCUGUGGUUCUGAGUACAGUCCAGAAACCAAGCGUGCCAUGUCUCAGCUGAACGAGAAGGAAACCUCAUUUGAGCUGAUUGAGGCUUUGCUGAAAUACAUUGAAACUCUGGAAGUACCAGGAGCUGUGCUAGUCUUCCUUCCAGGCUGGAACCUCAUCUAUUUUAUGCAGAAACACCUGGAGAUGAACCCACACUUCGGUGGUCACCAAUACCGAAUCCUGCCCCUUCACUCUCAGAUCCCGAGGGAAGAACAGAGGCGAGUGUUCGAGCCUGUGCCAGACGGUGUGACUAAGGUCAUUUUGUCUACUAACAUUGCUGAGACCAGCAUCACCAUCAAUGAUGUGGUCUUCGUACUCGACUCCUGCAAGCAGAAGGUGAAGCUGUUCACUUCUCACAACAAUAUGACAAACUACGCCACUGUGUGGGCCUCAAAAACCAACCUCGAGCAGAGGAAAGGGCGUGCUGGCCGAGUCAGACCAGGCUUCUGCUUUCACCUGUGCAGUCGGGCUCGUUUUGAAAAACUGGAGACCCACAUGACUCCAGAGAUCUUCCGUACGCCGCUGCAUGAGGUGGCGCUCAGCAUUAAAUUACUGAGGCUUGGAGGCAUUGGGAAUUUCCUGUCCAAAGCCAUCGAGCCACCACCAUUGGAUGCCGUUAUUGAGGCUGAACAUACUCUGAGAGAGCUGGAUGCUUUAGACAGUAAUGAUGAGCUCACUCCACUGGGACGCAUUCUGGCCAAACUGCCCAUCGAACCACGACUGGGGAAGAUGAUGAUCAUGGGAUGCAUUUUUAAUGUUGGAGAUGCAGUUUGCACCAUCUCAGCAGCAACCUGUUUCCCAGAGCCCUUCAUCAACGAGGGAAAACGCCUUGGCUUUGUUCAUAGAAACUUUGCAGGCUCACGUUUCUCCGAUCACGUGGCCUUGCUCUCUGUCUUCCAGGCCUGGGAUGAAGUUCGGGUGGGAGGUGAGGAUGCAGAGAUUAGGUUUUGUGAGCACAAGAGGCUGAACAUGCCCACAUUAAGGAUGACCUGGGAGGCCAAAGUCCAGCUGAAAGAGAUCCUUGUUAACGUUGGCUUCCCUGAAGAGUGUCUCCUAAAUCAGGUGUUUAACAACGUGGGACCAGAUAAUAACUUGGAUUUGGUCAUCUCUCUGUUGACGUUUGGUUCCUAUCCCAAUGUGUGUUACCACAAAGAAAAGAGGAAGAUCCUGACUACAGAAGGACGAAAUGCUCUCAUCCACAAAUCCUCUGUCAACUGUCCUUUCAGCAACCAUGAUUUGAAGUAUCCAUCUCCAUUUUUUGUCUUUGGGGAAAAGAUCCGAACUCGAGCCAUCUCAGCCAAAUCCAUGACUCUUGUCAGUCCUCUUCAACUCAUUCUGUUCGGCUCAAAGAAGAUCACAUCCAAUGGAGAAGUUGUUGAGCUUGACGACUGGAUCAAACUGCAGAUUCCUCAUGAUGUGGCUGCUGGUGUGGCCGGCCUGAGGGCAGGAUUGGAGGCGCUGGUGGUGGAAGUGACCAAAGAUCCAGAAUACAUCAGGAAUCUGGAUCCUCUCAAUGAGCGCUUGCUGAACGUCAUUCGGCUCGUGUCGAGACCCUCGUCAGCAGGCAUCAACCUCAUGGCCUCCAACCCACGCUUUGGAGAUGGUCCACGUCCACCUAAGAUGGCCCGGACUGACUUUGGAGGCGGUGGAGAUUUUAGGGGAGGAGGAGGAUACAGAGGUGGUGGAGGAUACAGAGGAGGUGGAGGAGGAUACAGAGGAGGUGGAGGAUAUCAGGGUGGUGGGGGAGGAUAUCGUGGUGGAGGCGGUGGAGGAUACAGGGGGUAUGGAGGAGGAGGUGGAUAUAGGGGAUCUGGGGGAUAUAGGGGGUCUAGUGGAGGUGGAGGUUACGGAGGCGGAGGGAGAGGAUUCAGAGGAGGAGGAGGAGGAGGUGGUGGUGGCGGCUGGGGGGGAAACAGGGGUGGAUAUUAGAAUUGAUCGUCUGAGCAUGGAUAUAUGCAAGAAGGUAAAUUAUGUGUAAGUUUGGUCGGUUCUCAGUCUUUUUUCUUUUUAUUUGUAAGAAAGCAUGACAAAAAUAAAAACAUUAAUGUCAUACUGUAUACUAAUGACAGUAAUUUUGGCUAAUAGUUAAUAAAAAAUAGCUAUUUGUGACCAUCAGUGUCUCAAUCCUUUUUUUAUUGAUAGCAAAUAUAUGCUUAGUGUUGUAUUCUAAUAAAAAUCAUCAGUUUUUUUAUUAUUAUUGUGUUUUAAAUCAAUUGUUCUCCACUGCUUGUUUAAGCAAAUUUUUAAUCAGAUAUUAGCACUGCAGCAAUUCAACGCAUUUAGGGAUGUAGACAUUAUGAUGAUACAAUACUUCUGUUCAAACAGCAUCAGAAAGAGGAAGAAUAGUGAUUUAAGUUGAUCCCUAAUGAAUUUACUUCCUAUCAAUUCAACUUCAAUUGCUUGUAAACCUUUAUGAGUUUCUUUAUUCUGUUCAAAGUCAGUGGUUAUUGGGUUCCAGCUUGCUUUAAAAUAUAUUAGUUUGUGUUUAACAGAAUACAGAAACUCAUAAAUGUCUGGAACAAGUGUCGGCGCCUAUAGCCUAAUGGUUAAGUGUGACAAAUAGCACCAUGAUGCUCACGACAACCCGGGUUAGAUUCGCAGCUCAAGGUCCUAUGUCAAUCCUCCUCUUUCUGUUCCCAAUGUUUCCUGUUUGUGUCUGUCCUCCUAAUAUCCUAUUCCAGUAAAAAGUGGAAAUAAAUAAAUAAAUUAAAUAGAAAAUGUCUGGAUUAUUGACACAGAUGAACUAUUCAGCCAAAUUGAAUGAAAAAGGGAAGUUUAACCUGAUAACAGCAACAUGUACCUGACAAACUUGUCUGUCUGUCUGUGUGCGCGCGUGCAUGUUAAUAAAAUAAGGCUAAUUUUAAUCUGUAAGAAAAUUGUUGAAAACCCAAACUCAAACUUACUGGUGUGAAUCAAAAACUCAGUUUCCAGAUGUGUGCUUUUGCAGCAACUCCUGACAAGUAUUGUAUCCAGAUUGAGCAAUGCUUAAGAUAUGAAUGUCAAAUCUGUUUUUUUUAUGAAUAACAAAAUAAAUGAAAUAUUUGUAGUUGGAA